ACUUUAAAUAACAACACUGUGAUUGUCAAAACACACAGAAAACUACACAACACUUCUUUUGUCAACAUCAGUCGUGUUUGAUCAUGUUUUAUUGGAUUUUAACACAUUAAAAAAAAAAAAAAGUCUUGUGAGACUUUUAUAUUUAUUUUCAAAUUCUGUUUUCUUUUAUGUUUACUUAGCAUAACAGACAUAAAGAAAUAUAAAUUCAAUUCAGUUUAGUUCGAAAUUGAUCGUUCUUUCUCUCUUUCGCGCUCUCGGUUCAAACCCCACCGAAGUCAACUUUGUCUUUUAUCCUUUCGGGGUCGAUAAAAAAAAAUUAUCUAUCCAAGACGAAUUGUAGAACUGUUUGAUCGCAUAUCUUGCGGUAUUUGCUCUUUGCGUUCGGAGUUCAAAUCCCGCCGGGUUGUAGACUUAAUCCGACGCUCGAUUUAACACCAACCAAAAACUCAGCCCGAUUCAGUUUGAGGAUCGAGGACUCACGCCCUCCCACUUGCCUCGGAGACUAAACGACUGUAGGCACUACCCUGCCUUCUUAUUAAAAGAUUUUUUUUAAAAAUUAAAUGUCAUUUUAUUUUAUAUCGUUAUACUUCAGAACCAAUUUUGCAUCUUUAUAUCUUUACAACAAUCAAUUUCAUUAUAUCGCAUUGAACGGUUAUAUAUAAAUAUUGUAAUCUACAAACUUGUAAAUAUCAGAGAAAAAAACAAUCGCAUUAAAAUUCGUUUGAAAUCUUGUCAAACUUGGGAAUUUAAAAAAUGCUCAAAUCAAUACAUGCUGGAGAAAGUCGAUUCCAUUGCGAAAUGUGUGGGAAAACAUUCGUUAAUAACAGUGUUUUAAAAAGACACAAAAUAAGACAUAACGAAGAAAAAUCUUAUCACUGUGAUAUUUGUGGGAAAUCUUUUGUCACUAAUUCGAAUUUAGGUAGUCACAAAAAGAUACAUAUUACAGAAAAACCGUUUCCUUGUGAAAUAUGUGGGAAAUCGUUUGUUCGUAAUACGCAUUUAAAAAGUCACAUAAGGACACAUACUGGAGAAAAACCGUUUCACUGCGAGACUUGUGGGAAAUCGUUCACUCAGCAGCUCAGUUUAAAAUCACACAUAAGAACACACACUGGAGAAAAACCGUAUGAUUGUGAUAUAUGUGAGAAAUCUUUCACAGUGACGUCUGCUCUUGUAGUUCACAAACGAUCACAUACUGGGGAAAAACCUUUCCACUGUAAAAUUUGUGGCAAGUCUUUCAGCAAUAACAGAUUAAAAACACAUGAAAAAAUACACACUGGAGAAAAACUAUAUCAUUGUGAUAUCUGUGGGAAAUCUUUCAGUGAAAAUGGUAGUUUAAAAUCACACAAAAGAGUACACACUGGAUAGAAUUUCUAUCACUGUAAAAUAUGCAGUAAAUCUGUUUUUUAGGAAUUGCUCAAAUUCUAUCUGAUUCAUGAGUAUAUUCUCAGAAAUAUGUCAAACUGCUCACUUUAGUUGUUCAUAUGUAUCCAUGGAGAAAAAGAAUAUUGGUGUGAAGUAGAUGGAAAUUUUGACUCCAUAAGUCAUGUUCAUAAACCCUUUAGCAUUCAGAUUUCUUUGACAGAUGUAUUGCUUAUUUAUUCACAUUGUUUUGAAUUAAUCAUACGUUAUUUUAUAGAUUCAAGAUUUCAACAAUGUGUUUGUAUAUUUUUAGAAUGACAUUGUAGGGUAGGUAUGAGAGGUUGGAUCUAGUCAGUUUUAACAUAAAACAGGUAUAAUAUUUGGGCCAGAUUAAAUGCUAAAUGGUUAAACCAGCCAUAUCAGGCCCGAAUAUUCUACUUGUUCUAUGUUCAAACUGACCAGAUUUAGCCUUUCACACCUACCCUACACAAUGUCAUUCUAAAAAUAAACAAUCACAUUAUCAAAAUAUUGAAGUUAUGAAAUAGUGCAUGGUUGAUUCAAAAUAAUGUGAAUCAAUAAUGCAUUUGACAGAAAAAAAUGAUUGGUAAAGGGUUAAAAAAAAUACAGAGUAUUAAAAAAAAUUAGGAUUUUAGAAGCAAUUCUGAAAUCAUUUUCUCUGAAUUGUGUUUUGUAUUGUCAAACAAAUUACUGAAAUAUAUUGUUUUUUUUAUAUAUAUAAUUGUGGAUAAUUUUAUCAACAAUGUCUUGAUGUCAUUCACGAAGAACAUGCAGAAUUUAUGGAUAAACAUUCUGACAUUAUGUAUGUCAAUAAGUAUCAAUGUCAUACUUUUCACAUUUAUGACUGGUUUCAGAUAAUCUAUGUUAUUUUAAAUGCUACUGCUGUUAUAAAAUAAUAGACAUAUGUAUAUUUUAAAUGGCUUUGUGCAACUUUACCAUAAAGUAAAUUGUUCUAGUUUGGUAAACAAAAGAAGUUGGUAAAAUCUAUUCUUUGAAAAUAGAAACACUAAAAUAAAUUUGUGUAAAAGCU